UAUACAUGCGUCGUUGAAUUAAAUGUUUAGAUAAGUGAAACAAACUAUUUAGAUAUGUUCAAAUGGAUAACGUUAUGUAACGAAGCCUUAGCAUCUUCGUAUAUAAAAUCUAUACAAUAACAUAAUAUUAUAAAAAACACUUUAUUAUUUGUAGUUUGUAGGCUUUGCUGUUAGAUUUGUUUUAAUUCUACAGAUGGAUUCAACGGAACUUAAACAAUUAAACGACAAUGGCCUAAAUGACACGGCUAGUAAAGAAUUAAUUCUGAGGAAACAAAAUGAUGAAAUGGAGGAAAGUUCAGGUACAGAAGUUGAAGAAAAAGUAUGGUUGGAAUCGAAGAAAGAAGAAUUUGAGCAGGACCGCGGUGAAUGGUCAAACAAAAUAGAGUUUUUGUUGGCAAUAACGGGUUACACAGUAGGUAUGGGAAGCGUUUGGAGAUUUCCCAUUGUUUGCAGUCGGAACGGAGGAGGUGCCUUUUUAAUUCCAUUCUUUUUCUGCCUCAUCACCUCCGGUGGACCUUUGUACUACUUAGAGGUUUGCCUUGGACAGUUUACAGGACAAAGUGCUGCACAAGCUUUUGAGUUUUGUUCAUUGUUCAAAGGUUUAGGCAUUCUACAAGUCAUGUUGUCAUUUACGGUGUUAUGGUACGCGAUCUGUGUUUUAGCCUGGGUUCUAUACUUCUUGUACAGUUCUUUCCUACCCACACUUCCUUGGACAACAUGUAAUAACCCAUGGAACACUGUUAACUGCACAGUAAUAUGGGAUACAGUUUCCAAUAGAUUUACAAGCACAAAUACAGUCACAACAAACAGUUCAUCCGUAAAUGAAACUAUUUUAACACAAUCAAAAUUAUACAAUUUGACAACCAACAUGUUGAUAGAUCCAUCUCAACUUCCUCAAACUAAUAUAACAUCAUCAGUCAUGACAUCCAGUUCUUCAGCCUACGAAUUUUGGGAGUGAGUAUAUUUUAUGUAAAUGAUCCCAACCACGUCAUCGUUAAUGAAACAACGUUAAAAAUGGGCAUGUGUUAACGUUUAAAUAACAUUGGGUCUAUAUUCGGAGUUGAAAGUUGAAACAACAUUUAGUCUUAACGUUGAUUAAAAUUUUAAAAAUUAUUUGCUGGUAUAUAAAUUUGUUAUUACAUUUUUCAUGCAACACUCUCAUUUGUGUUAUUCAUUAGAUAAUUGCAUCUUAAAUAAGUAUCAUUUGCUUACAAUUAUCAAAUUGUGUUCCAAUACAUUGUUUUAUCAAAAUUUUGUAUUUUGCAUGUAUAUCAACUUCUAAAACACAGAGUGACUCUGCAGUUUAUCAUCAAUUUAUAUCAAAAAGCUAAUGGCAAUAUCAAAUAUACACAAAAUCUUUUGUGAACCUAAAAAAAAACAACAGUUUUCUCACUCGUAGCUACGCCAUUCGUGAGAAUAUUCUUUUUAAAGCUCACAAAUUGAAAUAAAAUUUCAUCUUACAAACAAAGAAAGA